AUGUCAAGUCCGGAUGAUGACACCGCGCGUAAGGGACGUGGAUUAAACCUCGACCUUUCGACCCUGGCAGAGAGCGCCCCGACGACUUCAUAUGUCUACCCGGUGCGUUCCUCACUGAGCGGAAUACAACCCUCUGCAGGAUCUCCUGGUAAGAUCGAUGAAUCAAAUAAUGCGGUGGUUCCCGAGAUAAACGUAACGAAGAGUUCGUCGAGACACGAGACACAGAUCAGCGACCGAGAGAGCAUACAUGAGGACGAAGGCUCGCCUUCAACGCUCUUGUCUCGAGCAGCUCUCGCCUUUCACUUUGAAAGUCUUCAGGGAGACUACCCGCAGCACGGCACACCUAAUUUCCGUGAUUUCUCCCACGAAGAAGACCCUCUCUUUCCAAGAACGCUUUCGACUAUGCCACCCGGUUACAUGUCCUCCGUUGACGUGAACUGCGACAAGUUCUUCACGUCUGAGCCCACUGGGGAACCCGUGGGGCUCACAGUCACACAAAGCGACGAAGGUAAUUGUCAAGACGAUGCAUUUAAUGCCCGUCAUCCUGCACAGUUUUCUGAGGUCGCAGCGGAUGCGUUUGCUGAGGUUGCACCGGCCAGCAUGUUGUUGCCCACUCUUACGAUAGAACGGGACAAUGGACGUGUCCCUUUUUUCAUCUCCCAAUCCGGUAUAGUCCACCUUCCCCCGAUUGAGGCUACUUCAAGUCCUCCAUCCUUGUGCACGCGAUCAUCAGCUUCAUCGAGGGGACGCGCGAGUUCACCCUUGGCAAUCGAUUCAGGAGACGGAUCGUUGCCGCAAUACGUUCAACUACUGGACACAGGGCAUACACCAGUAGACGUGAUCCACCUGCCAUCAGCUCAAGGUUCUCCCCAAAUGGUCACCACUGGGUCGGGGAGUAGUAUGAUGAGCUCUGUUUCGGAGGGUCCCCACAUUACGUUCAGGUAUCAACACAUGGAGGACGAGAAUGGUCAUCACUUGAUUGUAGGCCGUGAGGGUAAGCUUACGAAAUGCGAAGACGAGCCUAUUCGAACUCCUGGCGCCGUCCAAGGGUUUGGAAUUUUGAUUGCUGUGGAAGAAGAUGACGACACUGGUUCCUUGGUCGUACGUCAAGUUUCAGAGAACUCUACAGAACUACUUGGCCUUUCUCCACAGUAUUUGUUCUCACUUGAAUGCUUCAGUCAGACCCUUCCAGAUCAACAAGUCGAUAUCCUCUUCGACAACAUCCAGUAUCUGAGCGAUGCUUCAUUGACUCCUGAAGAACAGGCAGAAAAUCUGCACGUUUUCAUGCUCAGUGGCUAUGGUGAACCCGAGACUGCGUUAUUGGAUGAUUUGACGAGUGAUGUGCAGAGGAGACGAACAUGGACUUGCUGGUGUGCUGCUCACCGACCUCAAAUGACCGCGUCUGCGAAUGUGGCCGGUAACGAGGCGGACGACAGCAGCUUAGGGAACUCAUCGAUAUAUCGCAACCUUAUCAUUCUGGAGUUCGAACUCGAUAGAGACACUUUCAACCCUUUGUAUCCUCCGAUGCUCUCGGAAGGCUCUUCGUUCCAGUCGGGCAUCUCUUCUCCGUCCGACGGCUCUACUUCCACCUCCAACAGUUCUGGCCGAACUCUGGUUUCCACAAGCUCGGAAGAGAGAGAUCUAUCGCCGGGUCUCGUGAAUAGCGAUCCCUCCCCCAGUGCCAGCAUCUCGGGGACGUCACCUACUCCGUCCUCACGAGACGGUAUGGGUUUCAGUUUGUCCUCCUCCCUAUCCAACGCGGACCAUUGGAUACCCAGCUCGGAGGAUAUAUUAGAGAGUACGACGAGCCACUCAAGACCUCUCUUGGCAUUGGAGCGCCUGCGUAGGACCAGAAGAAGCACCACUGAUUCUCCAGCAUCUCCGGGGUCAUACCUCGAGCGAGGUACUUUCCGCCCUCGGCGCGGCGCUGGAAGACGGCGAGGCGCAGGUGCUGUCGGAAUGAUGGAUGUUUUCGCGGUCAUGGCUCAAAUCAACGAACAACUAGGUGCAGCACCGGAUCUAGAUACCUUCUUGAAGGUUGUAGCUGGCGUCGUCAAGGACCUCGCGCAAUUUCACCGUGUCUUGGUGUAUCAGUUCGAUGAGCUUUGGAACGGGAAGGUUGUGGCCGAGCUAGUUGACUGGAAUCAGACGAAUGAUCUUUACAGAGGGUUGCAUUUUCCGGCAGCCGAUAUUCCCCCUCAGGCACGUACUCUGUACGCCCUCAAUAAAGUCCGGCUUUUGUACGAUCGCGGACAGCCGACUGCCCGUCUUGUGGUCAGAAGCAGGAAGGAUCUUGAAACGCCACUGGAUAUGACUCAUUGUUAUCUUCGCGCCAUGAGCCCCAUUCAUCUCAAAUAUCUCGAGAAUAUGGGCGUUCGGGCAUCCAUGUCAGUGUCUAUCAUCGCCUUUGGAACUCUAUGGGGACUAGUGGCAUGUCACUCGUACGGGCCUCAUGGCAUGCGUGUAUCAUUUCCCGUUCGCCAGAUGCUCCGUCUGUUGAGCCAGUCCAUAUCCCGCAAUAUUGAGCGCCUGAGCUAUGCGCAGCGUCUACACAUUCGCAAACUGAUUAAUACCAUGCCUUCAGACCAACAUCCAUCGGGCUACAUUGUCUCAAAUGCUGACGAUUUGCUAGGGUUGUUUGAUGCGGAUUACGGUGUCCUCGUCAUAGGUGAAGGUGCUAAGAUAUUGGGACUAAACCAACAUGGUCAAGAGAUUCUCAUAGUGGCAGAGUACCUCCGAUUAAAGCAGUUCAACACGAUUCAAGUUUCUCAAGCGGUCACCCAAGAUUAUCCAGAUCUUCACCUCACCACCGGUUUGGAAGUGAUCGCGGGCCUUCUGUACGUGCCUCUGUCUGGCGGUGGGAGGGACUUCAUUGCCUUUCUGCGGAAGGGCCAGCCGCGCCAGGUGAACUGGGCAGGCAGGCCAUUCAAGGAAGGCGAGCAGAAGAAUACGCUGGAACCUCGCACUUCGUUCAGGAUCUGGUCGGAAACUGUGGCUGGCCGUUGCCGCGCAUGGGCCGAUGAACAUCUUGAGACGGCUGGAGUCUUGGCACUUGUGUAUGGCAAGUUCAUCGAAGUAUGGAGACAGAAGGAGAGUGCUUUGCAGACCACUAAGCUCACGAACAUCCUCCUUUCGAAUGCUAGUCACGAGGUCCGAACACCUCUCAAUCAUAUUAUAAACUAUCUAGAGUUAGCGAUGAACGGUCCCUUGGAUUUUGAUACAAGGGAAAAUCUCAGCCAGUCUCACGCCGCUUCAAAGAGUCUGUUGUUCACGAUCAACGACUUGCUGGAUCUCACUCGCUUCGAGAGUGGGAACGAAACGUCUUUCAAUGAGCUAUUUGAUCUACAUCGUGCUGUAGAUGAAGCCACACUUCUCUAUAAGAACGAGGCACACAGACGGGGACUUGGCUUUGUGGUGGACCUUGUGGAUUCACCUAAGAUGGUUCUAGGUGAUGCCAGAAAAAUCCGGACGGUUGUCGCCAACUUGACAGCGAAUGCUUUAAAAUAUACAACACAUGGCUCUAUCUCUGUCGAAUGCCAUGUAUUUGAGGAGCCCGUUGGACUUAGAUCUGAUGACAACGUUGCGGUCGAAAUUGUCGUGUCAGACACGGGAUGUGGCAUUCCUAGCGAGAAAUUGGAAAGCAUAUUCAGAGAGUUUGAACAGGUCGAGAGUGCGUCCCCCAAGUCUCCUUCUCAAGGCCUCGGAUUGGGCCUUGCCAUUGUUGCUCGCAUCGUGGAGCAACUGGGAGGACAAUUGCGUGUCGACUCGAAAAUUGAUGAAGGUAGUAGGUUCUCAUUCCUGAUACCUUUUGCUACGGACAUCGACACGGUUGGACUGCCCUCUGUUUCCAACUCUGCUUAUUCCUCUUCGCGGUCUUCACUGCAACUGCGAUCGCGCAAUAAUAGUCGAGGAUCCGGCGGCGGCCAGAUCGACGACUUAGUGGAGGCUCUGUCGACAACCCAUAUGGAUAGUCAAAUAUCCCGCAAUGAUGUAGUCAAUGCGAGCACCUCCGUGCGUGCCAAGGAGGACAGUGUCGAAAGCAUUCCCUCAGCAAGUUUUCCAGAAACGAAGGAAGAUAAUCGUGGUUCGACUGCUGUGAUUCACAGGAAGACGUUGUCGAAAGGAUCAACAAACUCUCAGAAGCGUUCACCAGGUGGCCGGCGCAGCAUGUCAGACGGUGGUGUUGCGACAAGAUUGCGCAUACUGAUUGUUGAGGACAACGAUAUUAAUCGUAUGAUCCUUGCCAAACGCCUAGCUUUAGAUGGUCACAUGGUCAUCAACACCACCAACGGGCAAGAGGGUGUUGAGAUGUUGGAAACAGAUUGGGAGUUCGAUUGCAUACUCAUGGACAUCCAGAUGCCACUUCUGAAUGGCUACGAAGCUACCGAACGCAUCCGAAUGAUGGAGGAAAAGCGGAAUGGUGUUCCAUAUCGACUUUCUCACAAACUCAACGGUCGUAUCCCGAUCUUUGCGGUAUCGGCAUCCCUCUAUGAGACACGUCGCGAGGAAAUGUACAACAGAGGUCUCGACGGGUGGAUCCUGAAACCCAUCGACUUCAAACGCUUGCGUGUCCUUCUACGCGGCGUCAUAGACAUCUCCCAGCGGCAGAAAGAUGUGUAUCAUCCAGGAUGCAGCUGGGAAACCGGUGGGUGGUUGACAGUGCUCUCAAGUGCUUCGGACGAUUCUCUGUAA